UGAAAAAAAACAUAUCCCCAUUCGUUAUCCAGAACCAAAAAAAAAAAGGUCUGCAGAAAAUUCACCAACCACCACCAUCGCCGGCGUUCCCGCGCCGCCCAUCGCCAUGGCUGCCGCUGUCCCCCAUGCCUCCGCCUCCCUCUUGCCUGCUUCGGCUACGCGACCUCUCUCCGGAAGCACAAUUUCGUUCGGUCCUUCGUUUCUGAAGAGAAGAAAGAUUCCGGCGUCGCGGGUCCGCUGUGCUGCUGACGACGAAGCAGAGGAAGUCAAUGAUUUGGGAGUCAGUGCGGCGCUAUCCAUGCUAAAGUUUUACAAAAGAGAAAUAUCACCUUUACUGCCUUCAAGCUGCCGAUAUGUACCAACUUGCAGUGAGUACUCUAUGCAAGCGUACAAACGAUAUGGUGUUGUAAAGGGUACAAUCUUGACUGCUUGGCGCCUUUGCCGUUGUAAUCCUCUUGGCGGAUAUGGGUAUGAUCCUCCAAGAUGGUUUGGUGAGGAAGAUGUACCUCUGCAAUAAUGCCUGGUGCUAGCGACUGUUACAAACAAUCUGUGGUAGUUUCAAAGGAAAGGCUAUCUGUCGAUUAUAGUGUCAAGGAACAUGAUCGGAUUUCUGUGUUCUCUAUGCGCAUGAUGGUUGCAAUGAAAGGUUUAUAUGAGCAACUGUGCAGCUGGUCUAUCAGUGUAGAACUUGAGGAUUCAUUCCUUUGUGUCCAGCACAAGGAUCCCCAUUUGCAGUUAAGUGUUUUUGGCUACUGCUACCGAUAUAGAUGGAUCUUCCUCGUUCUUCUGUCAGGAACAAUAUAAUAUGCGUAAGGGGAAGAAGUGACACACUCAUGUUUGGAAUUAUUAUGGUCAGGUGCUCGGUGGUUCCAACACCAGGCACACAUAUGCAUGACGACUUGGUAUAUGAUGGAUGCUUCUUUAUUGGCUUUGUCCUGUUUGGGUUAUCUGUGAUUUGUGUCCCUUUCAGUGUUUUUGGUAGUACAUACCAUAUUGAUAGAAUCGAAUUUGAUGACCCCGUCCAAUUUUGUUGCUUGCCCCAUUUGUCCUGGUCGAUCGUUGGGUGCCUAAGUAUCGACCCCAAGGAACUUUCACCUUAUGAAUUGUUAUAAGGCUAUGUAUGUCAUGCUAAGAGAUGCUAUAAACAAAAUGGGAGGAUUUAAACACUGACGGUGUAUAUA